AUGCGGGCCACAGUGUUGCCUAAUUUGCAAGACGCUUGGGUACUGGGCAAGGCGGAGGUACGGUAUCUUGCGCUUGAACCACAAGCGCUCGAGGGUGAUCUUGAUUCUUCUUUACAUGCAUUCCGUGGCAUCUCACUGAUUCUCAGUCGUAAAUCCUCCUCUGUCUCCUUCACCUUUCUUGAAAAGCGAAUGGGUGUCCCCCAGCCAUUUGUUGUUAUAGAUGUGACACCAACCAAGGAACCCAAAGGCAAAGAACGAGCUCGUGAAGGGGACAUUUUAGACGAAGACUUCGCGACGCAGGGCUUUGAGCCGCACGAAAGUGAUUCAGAGCAAUUAUAUGACGUCGUUGAAAUUAAGGGAGAGAAAAGGGGAAUGUACUUGGUACAGUGGGCCGGGGUGGAUGAGAAUGGGAAACCGUGGGAUGACAGUUGGGUACCGCGUCAAGAUGUUACAGAUGAUUUGGUCGAAGCGUGGAAGAGGAAGAAAGCUGAGAUGAAGGUGCAGAAAGUGCGUGGGACACCUGGAAGGAGAGGAAGGAAAAGGCGGGGAUCGUCGAUGAGUGCAUCAAAAAGUAGGACAGAUUCCAAAAGAUCCUCAACCACGACUUCAAAUGUAACUCCAAGACGUUUCAAUCGGAAGUCAUCUGUUACCACAAUAGGCCGUGCUGAAGUCGAUUCCCCAUUAACUGUACGUUCAACGCCGACGAAAAAACGCAAGCAGGAUGUAUUAUUGGAUGACAGCGAUGAUAAGCAUACCUCUGCGAGCAGAAAACGACGUAAAACUGUCCCGGAGGUCGAAUUACAGCGGUUUCCCGGGAGAAGGCCUAACCAGAGACCGUCUGAUUCUGCAGAGGAAGUGGACAGCGACCAAGAGGAACCUGAUCUUGAGGAUAACGCAAAAGCCCCAUCAAGACACAAACAAGGUGCUCCUCGGGCAACAUCUGAAGUGAAGUUAAAUUCAAAGCCAAGGAAGGUCGUUACUCACCGAGAGGAAGGAGAAGAAGAGAGGGAAGCUAUCGCAGGACCGUCAAGGGAUCCGGUACAAAGGCAAGAGACACGCAUAUCAUCACCUGGCAUGAAGGGGAAAUCUAGAAGUUCGGUUCCAGCGGAACGUUCUCCCGAGGACCGAAUUUCAGACAGGCGCCCAACGCCUCCAAGGCGCACACUGACAAAAAGCGCAUCCGCACGUUCUGAGAGUCGUUCCACAAUCAUUCCUUCAGCCCGCAAGGAAGAAGCUCCAAACCGCCAAGAAUCUCCUGGAGUUCGCAUAAGCUCAGCGGACAAACGUGCAGCGAUGCCAGAGGCAUCUCGUCCAAAGAGUAGGAAGCAGAAGUCAUUGGCAGCAUCUGACCUUUCGUCGGGCUCCGUUACCGCUGAAGAAAGGACGAAUGGCCAGCAUGGCUCGUCGCGUUCGCAAUCAAUAGAGGCCGACCACAGUGUAAUUGUGAUGCCAUCGAAGAUGCGACAACGGUCGACAUCGUCCUUGAAGGGGAAGGAGAAACAGAAAAUUCAUGAUAACAAUUCGCAACGCAGCCGCUCCAUCUCUGUCUCCUUGCAACACUCUCCAAAAUUUCCGGCUGCCGUUCUUCCGGAGAGUCUAGAUAUAUCAGCAAAACGGCCAAAUGGUGCGAAUGAUGGGGGUAUAGUUUAUAACUACAACCCAGAUGACCACCCUUUGUUGGAUGACAUCGACUACGAAUCGUAUUUACCGUGGAAAAUAGAGCGUCGUGCAGAUGCCGCUGAUGAUUCCAAACGGACUACCAAUGGUGACACCGCACACAGCCGAGGACCAGAACCUAACACUGGUUCUAAAGUUGCCGAUCAAAACAAUUCACAGGCGGAGAAGGAUAUAGUCAUACCAGCAACGCAGUCGCAGUUUGAGUCACUAUCACGUUCCGACGCUUUGAAUGGUACCGAGGACAGUGCACAAUUUGCUUCAGUGAUAGCUACAUAUGGGUCUCCUACUGAUGUUGGGCGCGGUAUUAACGAUGCUGUACUUGAGUCGAUAGUAUCGAUACCCCUGGACUCCCCUAUUGUUGCCGAUGAACCCCCCGGCACAGCCGAUCAGUCUGUAACAGACCCAGAACCGAGUGCACCUUCAAGUAUGCGGAUGAAGGUACACGGAAAGAUACCUGCUAUGAGUCCGUCCCAAUUCAGACCGUAUCUUCCGGAGCCACGUAAACCGUUGUCAGCACUGCCACCGCCUCAUAUACAAGGUAUGCAGAACACCAGCACCCAAGGCGAGGAUAUCCAGCCAGCCAGCUCACUCGAGAGUCCUAUCAAGUGCUUCGAUACUGAAGAAACAGGAACAAGAGAGCAGGAUCUCGGGGUUGAUGUUGGUAAAAACAGGCAUGCGGAGGAGGAUGAGGACGACGAUAUUGAUGACAAAAUGCCUCUCAGCAUCGAAUAUCAGCGCCGUGGUCUCCGACUUGCAGAGAAACGACGCGAAAGCAUUCGGAAUGAGGUUCGCGAGCCUGUAUCACGCGUUCAAUUAGACGAUCUCCUUAGCUCAAGAUCAGUGUCAAGGACAGAAUCUCACGAUACGGACGCUAGCAAUUCACGUCCUUCAGACGGAGAACUCUCCGAGACACUUUCUGAGGUUGCAGAGAAAUCCACUUCCAAAGCUUGGGAAGAAAAGAAAGAGGACGAGGACGAUGAGGCUCGGGUCCGCCAGUUUGAAGAAGAUUACGUUGACUUUGAAGGCAAUGCUGGAGCCGCCUCUCUUGAUGCUGGCACACCACGACAAACACUAGAUAAUGCACAAAGUACGAAGGGUGAUUUAACCGGAGGUGAUGCUACCAUUGAGCCUGAGGCGGAUGCAUACGAAGAAGUGAAUGUUGAAUCGUCGCCGGACGGAAUUCAUGAAGACGAUCCAUUCGUGUCUCGAGCAAACGCAAUCGAAAGAGGCGCUACCGCAUCUACCACGUCUUCGCAACAGGAUGAUAUGGAUCUUCCAAAUUCACCUGCUCAACCUCGAUUCAAAAUACUGGGCUCUCCAAGCAAAUUUGAGCUCCCUGUCCAAACUUCAUCUCGGCAGUUCAAUGAAGCCAUGGCCCUUCUUCACGCUAAAUCGGAAGAAAUCGAAGCCUUAAAACGUCAACUCGAAGAAAGCGAGGAGAAACGCCUAAGUCAAGAUGACACAUUGGCUGAACUCCGAGCAGAAAACUUGGUCCUCAAGAAAACUGAAGAGAAGCAGGCCGACUCAUUAGGAGGAGCUUCUUCAGAAGAGCUUGAGCAGUAUAAAGAAAAAUGCGAGAGCUUAGCGAAAGAUCGAGAUGCCUUGGACGCGGAGAUAAAGCUACUCAAGAUGGGUCGAGACGAUGCGGUGAAGCAAGGUGAGAUUUUCCGAGAGUUAUACGGUCAGGCAUCAGCUUUCGCGGACGAAACGAAGCGAGAGAAUCAGGAGCUAAGUGAGCGAACCAAGCGUGCUGAAGGCCAAGCCACUAUCGGAGUUGAGCUCGUCCGUAGACAAUACGCUGCUCAAGAACAGAAAUUGAAAGCUGAGCUUGAACAACAACAAACCCUCGUGCACAUUUUAUCAGCGAAGGAUAAACGUACGGAUGACGAAGUCCGGCGUCGCGCUGCUUUGGAACCGGAGCUGCGUGCUGAGAUUAGUAAGCUACGGGAGGAGAUAGGUGAUCUGGAGGCUACACAAGCAAAACUCGUCCGCGCUCGGAAUGAUCUUCUCGUGGAGAAACAAGAACUCGCUGACGAACUCGACGAAACACGUGGAAAAUAUAGCAAGAUAGUUGAUGAUAUGCGCUGGUUACAAAUCCGUAUUUCGCGACUUACUGCACGGGAGAAGGCCUUCAAGAAAGUUUUCCUCACAACGUCAGAGUCUAUGCAGGCCAAUGACCUGGACCGCGGCGAAGAGAAAGUUUAUAUCUGCAAGUGGAUGAAUCAUGAGAGCAACAGUAGAUGCAAUUCAUUAUUCGCAAAUGUCCAGAUGGUUCCGAUAAGCGCUGCCGCUGCAUUGCAGUUUAUACGUUGA